CAUCUGAUUAAUUGAACCUAUUAGAUUAGUAGUGCAGGAACAUACUUACAACGUUUGCUUUGUGAAUCUUGUCAAAUCAUAACAAGUCUGAGCUAUUUUGUUUCCAUGACAACAUUUCUGAUUUCUGUUGGCUGCUACUACAGGCAUGGAUUUACCUUCAAUGAUUUGUGAUGUUUUUGGUAACUUUUUUCAGGUAUCAAGUGAGGAAGCUAUUGAAACUGCUAAGCUGCUUUCCCUGAAAGAAGGUUUGCUGGUGGGGAUUUCAUCUGGUGCUGCAGCAGCUGCUGCAAUGAAGGUGGGAAAGAGGCCUGAAAAUGAUGGAAAACUUAUUGUUGUGAUUUUCCCCAGCUCUGGAGAACGUUAUUUAUGUACUGCACUCUUUGAUUCCAUUAGGAGAGAGGCGGAAAACAUGACUUUUUAGUGAUGUCUUUAUAUGUCCAUUUCGCUGUGCUGGUUUACUGAAAGAAUAAGAAACUUGCUAAUGAAAUGUUUGCAGUGUUUAUGAACAACUUAUUUUAUUUAUGAGACUUUAUUUCAUUCAUCAAAUAAUAUAGUAAACAAGUUGAAUGGAGUAGUAAAAUUUUAAAGUUUAUAUAAUUUAAUACUGUCAGAAUUAAGGUUGCAUGGUGUAGUAUAUAUUCAUGUUUUCCUCCAUUAAUUGCAAACCAAGUGUGAAGAACAGAUAUAAGAACACAAGAAGAAUUCUCUUCCUUUUCCCUCUCCAUUCUAUCUUUCUUUGCGUGCUUUGAGAGUGUGGGUUUGUUCCAUUUGUGAGUGGUGUUUGAGUGUGUGAAGGCCCAUCGACUUCCAAUAAUGUGGUACAGAGACAAUUGGUUCAUGGAGAGAAUGGUGCUUGCCAAAAUGGGAUGAUUCCAUUUCAGUUGAUUAAGAAAAAUUUGAUAAUUGAUUAUCCGAAUGAAGUCGUUACUUGGAUUAUAUGAUGCAUGGGAGAUUCAUUGCGGACAGGCUGAGAUCUGGAGGCAGAUUACUGUUGCUGGAGACACUUGUACUGAAGUGACAGAUUGUAUAAGUCAAGUUUUAGGACUUCAUAUUCUGGGUUGGUUGAGCCGGCUUGCUUUCCCUCCUCCUCGAUGUUUAUUAGUUCUUCCACCUCGGCCUCUCUCUUGUGGUGUUUUCCCUAAUUUUGAUUCCAUAUUUGUUCCUCGAGAUAAAGAUGUGUCUAAUUGUGAAGGCUCUGCUGACCUGCAUCAUAGCCCUUCAAUUGUUGAAUUUGAUGAGACGUCAUCACAAAUAUCUUGUCGUGACGCUCAGUCUUCGAGUGAAUUGUCAAUCCCCAAGAGUCCUCCUGCUUUGCUAAAAGGUAGCGUAACAACUUUAAACGUGGAUGUGCUUGAGCAGACAGUGUUGCCUCUUCAAAAUCAGCUUCUUACCCAUCUUGAAUCAAUGAAUCUGCUUCAACACAAGUCCAUGACACAGGUGGUGGAAUCUACUUUUAUCGUUUUGGAUCGUCUAUUAGUUAAUUAUACACCUUUUUAAGAGCGUGUGAAGGAGUUCAUUGCCUGUGCAUCAUCAUUUGCUGAUAUAGAGUAGUCCAUCAACAACAAACAUUCUUUUCAAGAGUUGAUGGAGCGGUACCAUAGUGAGAAAGUAAGGUAUAUAAGCAAAGUGGCUACUAUAAGCAACAAUAGUGUAGCUGUGUAGCAUCUAUCCAUUUUGGCUAUAUAAUUUGAUUGUUUUUUAUAUGUAAUUUGUCACUUUGUUCCAUCCUUGGUUAAAUGGAUUGGAUUUAGCUAGAUCUUAUGUAUGAUCGUAUAGCCUCUUCAUAAUCAGUAUGUUGGUUUGCGUAGAGCUUUGUAUGUGAAUUGCAUAGCUUGUACAAGGAUUUUUCUAUGUACAGCUUUUAAAUUAUGUUGAGAUUUACCGAAAUGAUACUAAUUUGAUAAAUAAAAGUCAUCUAUUUCACCUUUUCUGUUC